CAGCUGAUGCAUGGUCACGUGACCAUCACAUGAUUAGUACACUCGGUCACAGGCAUUGGUGUUGUGGUCUUUUUCAGAAUCAGAUAUCAAGGUGCAUGAACGCGAAAACAAUGCGGAUUGCUGUUUUUGUCCUGAGCUUAAUUUGGCUGGUCAGCGGGGAGCUGCUUGAGGCUGACCAAGAUGCUUCUGUGCCUGAGGACUGGAUUCUAGUUGAACGGGUUGGACCUUUGGAGGAAGUGGAACUUACGUUUGCACUGAAGCAGCAGAAUGUUAACCAGAUGGAAGAGUUACUGAAACUAGUGUCGGACCCAGAUUCACAACAAUAUGGGAAGUAUCUGAGUUUGGAAGAAGUUGCUGCUCUUGUACAGCCAUCUCAGCUGACCGAGAAAGUAGUGCACAAUUGGCUCCAGAGUCAUGGGGUCAAAAACUGUGACACAGUUGUAACACGGGACUUUCUUCAGUGUGUCAUGACUGUACAGGUGGCUGAAGCAUUACUCCCCGGCUCUAAAUUUCACCGCUACAGAAGAGAUUCACACACUCUGUUGAGGUCAACAUCUCUAUACUCAGUUCAUGAAGAUGUGCAUCAGCAUCUAGACUUUGUGGGUGGUGUUCACCGUUUUCCACCAAAAGGAAAGGAGAUCAGUAAAGGCUGGGAAGGAGCAAGACAGUCAGCAUUAAGCUAUCACUUGGGUGUCACCCCCUCAGUCCUUAGGAGUCGUUACAACCUUACUGCAAAAGAUGUGGGCACUGCCACUAACAACAGUCAGGCAGUGGCACAGUUCUUGGAGCAGUACUACCACCCCGCUGACUUGGCUGAGUUUAUGAGUCUUUUUGCGGGAGGAUUCACGCACAUGUCAGCUGUAGAGCGGGUCGUGGGUACUCAGGGCGGUGGGAAAGCUGGCAUUGAGGCCAGUCUGGAUGUGGAGUACAUCAUGAGCAGUGGGGCAAACAUUUCUACAUGGGUCUUCACAAAUCCAGGUCGUCAUGAGACUCAGGAGCCGUUCCUUCAGUGGAUGCUGCUGCUCAGCAACAUGUCUGCGGUGCCUUGGGUCCACACCAUCAGCUAUGGAGAUGAUGAGGACAGUCUUUCUGAUGCCUAUAUGAACCGCAUCAACAAUGAGUUCAUGAAGAUUGGCCUCAGAGGGAUAUCUAUGCUCUUUGCUUCCGGUGACAGUGGAGCGGGCUGUAGACACUUGACCAAGGAAAGAAAUACUUUCAGGCCGAGUUUCCCUGCAUCCAGUCCCUAUGUGACCACUGUGGGUGGGACUUCUUUCAAGAACCCCUACAAACUCAGCUAUGAGAUUACAGAUUAUAUCAGUGGAGGUGGCUUCAGUAACGUGUUUGCAAUGCCAGAUUAUCAGGUCGGUGCUGUAGGAAUGUAUUUGAAGAGUGUUCAGCCUCUACCUCCUCAGACAUAUUUCAACACCACUGGAAGAGCCUACCCAGACUUAGCAGCGCUGUCUGACAACUACUGGGUUGUCACCAACCGUGUGCCUGUACCAUGGGUUUCUGGAACUUCGGCAUCAACUCCAGUAGUGGGUGGAAUUCUCUCCCUAAUAAAUGACCAGCGCUUCCUAAAGGGCCUUCCUUCCUUAGGAUUCAUCAACCCUCGCCUUUACAAACUGCAAGGCAAAGGUCUUUAUGAUGUGACAGAGGGAUGUCAUCUGAGUUGUCUGGAUGAUAAAGUUGAAGGGAAAGGUUUCUGUGCCUCUCCUUCAUGGGAUCCAGUAACGGGAUGGGGAACACCCAAUUAUCCUGUUCUUCUUGCAGCUUUCAUGGAUUGAGCUGCUGCUGAUUUUUUUAUUCCGAGAAACACACCGAUAUUAGGUUUUUCAUUAUUUUUCUGAAGCAUCUACAUGACAAUACAUUGUAUAAUCAUAUCAAGAUUUCAUAGCUGUCCAUCAUCUAAGAAUCAUUCUCACAAAACAAAGUCGUUUCAAUGUAAAAUGAACCUUUUAUGCCUGGUUGAUUAACCCAGCUACCCUCCUUCUCCCUGUCCAACAGGUCAUAUCACUUCAGUUCUUUCAGAUGGGGAAGAUUUGUCUCAGAUGAGUUAAGGAUCUGUGGAUUCCAGAUAUAGGACACAACCAAAUGUUUAACAGGCCUCUUUGUUUUUAACAAAACAGUGUGACAGGAAAAAUGUUUUAUACCGAUUGGAUUUUAAGUGAAAUAUUCCUUAAAUGUACAUUUCCUCUCUAUGAAUGCCAUUUCGUUUUAAAAUGCAAUUAAAACAGAUCCUUUUUAUCAUAAACAUUAGGAUGUUUCAAGGUUUAAAUGUAGCAUGUAAUGAAACCAGCCUAAAUAUGGAACAUACUUGAGAGCUGCAUAAACCAAUGUCUUUUUUUUUUUAAUGGGUUGAUUUCAGUUAUUGAUGAGGUCCUCAGGGAAUUAAAUAUUGAAUAGAUUUGUUGUUCUGGAACUACUAGGUCGUUGGAGAGAGUGAGUGUUUUUCUACCACACGUCUUGAGCACUGAAUGUUGUUGGAGCAACCGGUUAAACUUGUUUUUUUGAAAGAAGCAUUGACUCCAGGAUUCCCUCUGAAAAGUACAAGAAUAUUUUUAAGACAAUGAUGUUUCUUUGCUGAAAUAAUACAAAUUAAAGGUUUUAUUUUAAAAUGAA